AGCAGCAAACAGGAUCAAGUCAAUUAGAAUAAUAGAGACAGCAUACAGAACCAGGAUGACUUUCAGUGUGUGGUUGUUAGUGUGUUUCUGUGGUUUAACUUUGGGCCAGGAAGGUUUACCUCAAACAGAAGUCGCUUCUGAAAUCGGGUCAUGCUUUCCUGAUAUGUGUAAGUUCCUCAAAGAGUUUGGAGCCAUGAAAGCUAAACUAGAAACUGUGGAAACAAAUCUGAAAGAGAAAAGUGAAGCCUUGCAAACAAAUCUGAAAGAGAAAAGUGAAGCCUUGGAAACAAAGCUGAAAGAGACCGAAAGCCAGAUUCUGGUGCUUAAAGAGAAAGAAGCUAAACCACUCAAGGUGGCUUUCAGUGUUGGUUUGCCAGGGGAUACAGCAAUUGGACCUGUCAACUUACUCACAACCUUAGUCUACAAAAGAGUAAUAACAAAUGUGGGCAAUGCCUACAACCAGCUCACAGGUAUCUUUGUUGCACCUGUUAGAGGCAUGUACUACUUCUCCUUCUUCUAUCAUGCUGGUGGAUAUCAGCCUGUGAAUCUCUUCCUCAUGAAGAACAAUGAAUAUAUUCUGGCGAGCUCUGAUCACAUGACUCUGUUUGACGGGGCUGAUAAUGGAGGCAAUGCUGCCUUCUUGGAGCUGCAGCAGGGAGACCAGGUCUACGUCCAGCUGAAGGCAAACACACAUGUUUGGGGAAACAGCUACACAACUACUUUUAGUGGCUUUCUUCUGUACCAAAUCUGAAAUAAGAUUGAUGUGAUCAUUUGAAUGACUUGAACCUACUAACCAGACAGUGUGCCAAUGCCAUGGUUAAUGUUCUCGAAUUAUAAUUAAAUUGAAUGAAAAUGAUCCAUCCAACAGAACUUGCUUUCACAUAACAUGAACGUCACCCUGGAACAUCAGUGAAGGCCUUACUUUGAAGAAAAAAGCCUUGCUAACAAAAAUAUCAGAGGUAUAAAUGCCAAGAAAAAUAAAAUAUGUAUAUAGAUACAUGCAAAAAGCCAUCCAGAAAAGCAAUAAAAGGUUUGAAUUUAUGUAAUUCAGGAUUUUUCCAGAAUUAUUAUUUUUUUAAUAAAAUCUGAGGGAACAUUAUGGUUUUAUGGUGUUUUAAUGUGUGUAUAAAUGGAUUUAAGUUUGUUGAUGAAGCUUGAAUUGACAUGAACAGUAAUUACAGUCAGUCAAUAAAUAAAAAUAUGCAUUCCA